AUCCACAUAAUCGCAUAACCCAGCUGUUUCUCUCUUCAUGGUUUACAUUAUACCCACACCCAACCUUAUGGCGAAAACUCCCUUCCUCCCUCUUAUGUUUCUGCUGCUAUUUGCUACCUUCAGAGUUACUUUGUCUGCCAACAUAACCACCGAUUAAUCCGCCCUUUUAGCCUUAAAAUCCCAUAUAACUCAUGAUCCACAUAAUCUCUUAGCAACCAACUGGUCCACUUCUAUCUCUGUUUGCAAUUGGAUUGGUGUCAGUUGUGGAUCCAGACACUACAGAGUCGCUGCUCUGAAUUUGUCAAAUAUGGAUCUCACGGGCACCAUCCCAUCUCAAUUAGGAAAUUUAUCUUUCCUUGCCUACCUCAACAUUCGUCACAAUAGUUUCCAUGGCUCUUUACCUACUGAGUUAGCCAAUUUGCAUCGGCUGAAGUAUUUGAACUUUGGCAACAACAGCUUCAUUGGAGAAAUCCCAUCAUGGUUUGGUUGUUUUGCUCAUCUUCAAAGCUUGUUGUUGUACGGUAACAACUUCACGGGUUCUAUUCCUUCGUCAAUCUUCAACAUUUCCUCUUUGCUAUAUAUUUCUCUGGGAUUCACCAAUCUCUUUGGUUCUCUAUCCUCCAAUACGUUCGAUUAUCUUCCUCAAUUACAACAUCUUGAUUUACGUGCGUGUCAACUUUAUGAAAGAAUUCCAUUGAGUUUAUUCAAAUGCAAAGAGUUGGAAUAUAUACAUUUGGGUACAAAUCAUUUGGAGGGAAUCAUACCAUUAUAAAUCUCAAAUUUAACUUCACUUAAAGUUUUCAUCAUCGGCGACAACAACUUUUCAGGUACAAUUCCAUCGGUUAUUGGAAAUAUAACUUCUUUAGAGUUCAUUAGUUUUGUGGGUAACAACUUGACAGGCCGUAUUCCUUCCUCAUUAUGCAAUUUAAGUUCCCUUCGUACGCUCUCUUUAUGGAACAAUAGCUUGGAUGGAACAAUUCCAGAAUGCAUUGGAAAUUUGAGUUCUCUUUUGGUGCUUGACAUAAGGAUGAAUAAUUUUCAUGGUAAAAUACCUGAAAAUUUUGUUGAAGGUUGCUCGAUACUCAGUUUUCGAAUCAACAACAACCAAGUAGAAGGGUCGUUACCACGAUCUUUGGGUAAUUGUAAAGACUUGAAACUUCUCGAUGUUGGAAACAACUAUUUGAGUGACACUUUCCCAAACUGGUUAGGAAAUUUGGACCAGCUGCAAGUGCUUGACUUGAGAUCAAAUAGAUUCUAUGGUAAGGUGGAUAGCUCUGAUGUUACCUUCACUCGUUUGCGUGUCAUUGAUGUUUCUCGUAAUAACUUCAGUGGCUAUCUACCUAUGAACUUUUUUGGAAAUUUACAUGCCAUUAGAGAAGUGAAUGAAAAGAAAGUUGGACCAGAGUACAUGAAAGAUAUAGUAGCAGGUACAGUAGAGUAUAUUGUGAGAGGUUUGUCUUUUACAACAAAAGGGUUGGAAUUAAAGUUUGAGAAACUAUCAACCAUAUGGACAAUUAUUGACUUCUCCAGCAACCAAUUCAUGGGAGAAAUUCCUAAAAUAAUUGGUGAGCUUCAUUCACUAAUUGUCCUAAACCUCUCUCAUAACUGUUUAACAGGUUCUAUCCCGUCAUCAUUGGGUGAUUUAUCGGAGCUUGAAUCAUUAGAUCUAUCAUCAAACAAGCUCCAUGGAAGAAUUCCAACAGAGUUUAAAAAUCUUGGAUUCUUGGAGGUGUUAAACCUUUCCCAUAAUAAUCUAGAGGGACCCAUUCCUCAAGGCAAACAGUUUGAUACUUUCCCUAAUGAUUCCUAUAUAGGAAACCUCGGCUUAUGCGGGCUGCCGUUAUCAAAAAGUUGUGAUAAUGAUGAGAAAAUUCCGGUCGGAUUUGAUAGAGAAGAUGAUGAUGAUGGAUUGAACUGGAAAUUUUCUAUAAUAAUGGGGUAUGGAUGUGGGUUGGUGCUGGGAUUGGGCAUGGGAUAUAUUGCAUUCACAACUGGAAGACCAUGGUGGUUCGUGAGGACUUACGAGAGAGUUCGAGAAAGAUUUGCAAAAAAGGUAAAAAAGAGAACUCUUUGAGGGAUUUUUGUUGUAGAGCAAACAAUGGAGAG